AUGCUCUUCCUCGGGCUGCUCCUGCUGACAUCUGCCCUGGCCGGCCGGAGGCAGGGGGCCGUCGCCGAGUCUGAUCUCAGCAGCAAGUUCGUCUUCUCCGGCGCCAAGGAGCAGAACGGUGUGCAGGACCCUCACCAUGAGAAGAUAAUUACUGUGACUACUAAUGGAACUAUUCACAGCCCCAAGUUUCCACACACAUACCCACGCAACACUGUGCUAGUGUGGAGAUUAGUAGCACUUGAUGAAAAUGUGUGGAUACAACUUACUUUUGAUGAAAGAUUUGGGCUUGAGGACCCAGAAGAUGACAUUUGCAAGUAUGACUUUGUAGAAGUUGAAGAGCCUAGUGAUGGCACUGUUUUAGGGCGCUGGUGUGGUUCCAGUACUGUGCCAAGCAGACAAAUCUCCAAAGGAAACCAGAUCAGAAUAAGAUUUGUGUCUGAUGAAUAUUUUCCUUCUGAACCUGGAUUCUGCAUCCAUUAUACACUUCUUAUGCCACACCACACAGAGGCACCCAGUCCAUCGCUUCUACCCCCAUCAGCCUUGCCCUUGGAUGUAUUAAACAAUGCAGUCGCUGGAUUUAGCACUGUGGAAGACCUUAUCCGCUAUCUUGAACCAGAUCGAUGGCAACUGGAUUUGGAAGAUUUGUACAGGCCAACGUGGCAACUUCUUGGGAAAGCAUACAUUCAUGGGAGGAAGUCAAGAGUGGUGGAUCUGAACCUCCUGAAGGAGGAGGCGCGGCUGUACAGUUGCACUCCGCGCAACUUCUCGGUGUCCCUGAGGGAGGAGCUGAAGAGAACAGACACCAUCUUUUGGCCUCUGUGUCUGCUGGUGAAACGUUGUGGUGGAAACUGUGCCUGUUGUCAGCAGAGCUGCAAUGAGUGCCAGUGUGUGCCAACAAAAGUCACCAAAAAAUACCAUGAGGUUCUUCAGCUGAAGCCAAGGAUUGGUGUCCGGGGAUUGCAUAAAUCAUUGACAGAUGUACCCUUGGAACACCACGAGGAGUGUGACUGUGUGUGCAAAGGGAAUACUGAAGGCUAA